AUGAUAAUACUACUUUCAGUUACAUUUGCAUUGGUUGUGUCAUGCAAGGCACAGCUGUGUGAAGAUGUAGAUUCCGCUCUCUGCAAAGAUAUAUUCUCCCUUAAUCCUAGGCUGUGCUCGACUGAUUGUUUCUCUUCAUCUAUCUGCCCCCGCACCUGUGGAAAAUGUCCAUUGAAGUGUUACGACUGUCACGAAGUGACCGACCCAAACCAAUGUAACAAAACAUCACAAUGUCCAUCUCCUGAUCAUUUUUGUAUAACGGCAGAGUCAUUUAAUGAUGACUUCAAGGUUACCUACAAACUAGGAUGUGCCUUAAAUUCCAUAUGUGCACAACACAUUGUACCAACAUUGAAGCGCAGAGACAAUGCCCAGUUAGAGCAGAUCCAGCUGAAGGGAACUUGUUGCGCAAACGAUCUAUGUAACAUUGAAACAUGGCAUGUAUUGACAAGGCCACCACCGUCUCUAACGAGUCCGAAUACAAGCCAGCCAACAUCAUCUGUCUCCAAACCGUCGACGUCAUCACUAACGUCAAUUCAAAACAUAACAUCAGGUCAAUGCGAUGACAUCAAUGCUAAUAUAUGCUCCCGUCUUCAAACACUUAUACCUGAUAUGUGUUCCAACGACUGCAUUGCUAACGAAGUUUGUCCAAGAAGAUGUGGGAAAUGCAUUAGAUGUUACGAAUGCAGCCACGUGCCCAGUUCAGAUAGAUGUUCAAAAACAACUGUCUGUGGUAGAGGAGAGCAAUGUCUUUCGGUAGAGACGAUUUCGGCAGCUUUUGUACAUGGUUUUAAACUAGGAUGCAUGGACGAGAGACUCUGCUCGACGUUUGGUCAGAGUGCUCCCGCAACGUUCGGGAAACGACAAGGAUAUGAGAUAUACAUCCACGGAGGAUGCUGUAAAGGAGAGCUAUGUAAUCAUCACGUCGUUCAGCCAUCACACUCAGAACCACCGACUAAAAACUCAACCACACCACCGACUAUCAACACAGCCACAUCGUCCAUAUCCACUGUACCCUCUACCACCAAAGCACCCAGAGCAACUACAUCCACUUUAAUAUCAAACAUCAGUACAACUACGACAACUACGCCCACUAUACCAUCAGCUUUUACCGCAACAACGGCAACCACAUUCAUUUUACCAUCAACUACUACCGCAACCACAGCAACCACGUCCACUUUACCACCAACAACCAGUACGACUUUGCUAUCUACUAGACAUUUAACUGCCGAUGUGGUGACCAGUACACUUAUACCAUGUGAGGAUUACGACAAAUCGGGCUACUGUGAUCAGUUUGUGCCUUUGAUUUGUUUAAGUACAGAUCCUAUGUCGCAAAAGUUCGCCUUAGCAAAUUGCGCCUUAAGCUGUAAAUUUUGUGAUAAAUUUCAUGGUGAAAAGUUUGGCAAGGAAAAACAAGUGCUUAUUGGUUAA